UGCUCACACUACGAUAAUUUUGGAAAUAGUGAAUACGAUGUUAUCUGUCAUUUUGCUGUCAUUCAGAUUGAUUUGAAUCUGCUCCACUUUCAGUUCAGUCCAUAAUAGUGCUACUGACACAGCAAAAGUGACUUUGUGCUAUACAUCUCUCAAUUUCUAUGCAAACACUCGUGGAUGAUUUAGCAGGCAUCUCUUGACAGCUACAAUAAUCCCAGACCCAACUAGAAGCAAGUAGUCUGACUGGCGUGCCAGUGCAGAAGCCAGCUUGAAGCAAGUAGCUUGACUGGCGUGCUAGUACAGUGAAGUUAUGGGAACGGGGCCAUCCCGGCCUUUAAUCAGAAGGUUUGCUAUCCAGCAGAUACUUGUGCAAACUAUUAACGCGCUGCUGCUAAUUGCUAACGGGCUGGCCAAAGCAUGUCCAAUCAUCUGGCGUAGAAUUGUCGGCGACUCUUCGUGUAGCGUGGGGUCGGUUAAGAUGUGUGAUGGGCCUAUCAAGACGCUCAUCCUUAAUGAUGGCGAGCACAAUGAUGGAACUCUCUAUAGGCUGAAAAAAGGAUGGGCAGUGGACCUGCGCCUGGGACCUUCCCUGUUUGGCCGGCAGGUGACCGUCUACACAAACGCACCAAGUGAUGCAGCUGCCUUCGCUCGCAGUGAGUACAGGCCGCUGGCAUGGCAAGGCCCGCAGUCCGAUGACACGGCACGCUACUGUCGGAUUGUACUCACUGCACCUGGAUCCUUCCACUACUAUUUCACCUACGAUCAUAGUAAUGAGCGAGCUGGUUCAGGAUACAUCCUGGUGGAUCCAGAGUUGAGCGCCAGAGGUCAAAACAUUCCCUUGGACUGCGUACAGUGUGUAACCUACCUGGCUAAAUGUCUCGGGCCUUUGUCAUCAUGGGAAGGCAAACUGAAAGUCGCCAAGGAGACUGGGUACAAUGCUAUUCACUUCACGCCAAUUCAGGAAUUGGGAGGUUCGAACUCAGCUUACAGCCUUCGCAGUCAGCUGGACCUGAAUCCCUCUUUCAGCGAGGGAGGAAACAAAGUGGGCUUUGACCAAGUGGCCUCAUUCACCGAGAAGAUGAGGAAUGAUUGGAAGAUGCUGAGCAUUUGUGACGUGGUCCUGAACCACACCGCCAACGAGACGCCGUGGCUACAAGAGCACCCUGAUGCCACUUACAACCUCGUCAACUCACCUCACCUGAAGCCGGCCUACCUGCUUGAUGUGGCUCUGCAUACUUUCAGUCUCGAAGUGGCCAAGGGUGUCUGGGAGCUAUCGGGCAUCCCUUCUGAUGUCAACGAGGAGUGUCAUUUGGGUUCAAUAAGAUACGCGCUUCUCGGCUCCGUGUUGCCCAAGUACAAAAUCCCAGAGCUGUUCCUGUUACAUGUGGACUCGCACGUGGCUCAGUUCCAGACUGUGGCCAGGUCACGGGUGCCCCCUUCCCCCCAGCCUGGUGACGUCACCGACUCCGCCCCUCCACCCCUCAAACUGAUACCUGAUCCAGAAUUUCAUCGGCUGAAGGCUACCGUCGAUAUGGAGCUGGCACUCAAAGACUGAUUUUUGUUGUUGGUUUUCAGGAGCGAUUGCUUCGACGAGGACACCCGACUACGAAAGUGCACCGAGGACUUCAAGCGGUGCCUGGACCAGCUGAACAGCGAGGUGUACCACGAGGUGCAAGGUCACCUAGUGGCCGCCAUUGACAACUGUGUGGCGGGCAUCCGGUACUUCCGCGUGCAGGCUGACGGACCUCGCAUACCGGCUGUCACUGAGAACGAGCCUCUCGUACCCAGAUAUUUCACCGACUACGACAACAACCCUUGUGAGGAUGUGGCCUACACUCCGGAGGGGAGAUUUGUGAUGGCUCACAACGGCUGGGUCAUGGAUGCCGACCCCCUGCAUAACUUCGCUGGUCCCGACUCCAAUGUCUACUUGCGACGGGAGCUCAUUGCUUGGGGUGACAGCGUCAAACUCAGGUAUGGAGAAAAGCCAGAAGACUCACCUUUCCUGUGGGAUCACAUGAAAAAGUAUGUCGAAGAAACUGCCAGAGCUUUCGAUGGUAUUCGACUUGAUAAUUGUCAUUCUACGCCAAUCAAUGUUGCUGAGUAUCUACUGGAUGCUGCCAGAUUGGUUCGGCCUAAUUUGUAUGUGGUCGCCGAACUGUUCACCAACUCCGAUUACAAGGACAACAUAUUUGUCAAUAAGCUUGGAAUUACAUCACUCAUAAGAGAAGCGCUGUCAGCAUGGGACUCGCACGAGCAAGGCCGGCUUGUGUACCGUUACGGCGGAGUGCCGGUGGGAGCCUUCUGCUACCGACCUGACCGGCCAUUGGCUGCCUCGGUUGCGCAUGCGCUGUUCAUGGACGCUACCCACGACAACGAGGCCGCGGUCGACAAGCGGUCGGCCUUCGACCUACUGCCCAGUGCGGCGCUCGUUAGCAUGGCCUGCUGUGCCACCGGCAGCAAUGCCGGCUACGAUCAGCUGGUGCCGCAUCAUAUUCAUGUAGUAAAGGAGAACAGACAGUACCAGGCGUGGGGAGAGGGUGGUCUGAACCUGGAUACCGGAAUUAUGGCUGGAAAACGAGCUCUCAACAAUCUGCACUACUGGCUUGGAAAGAACAACUACAACCAGGUGUUUGUGGACCAGGUGGACACGGACAUAGUUUGCAUAACGCGGCACAGCGAGGCGACGCGGGAGACCGUGGUGUUGAUCGCAUACACCGCCUUCAAGCACCCGACUGCCGGCGCGGCGGCCGUGGGCAAAGGAGUCACUGUGUCCGGCGAGGUCGACUAUGUCAUCAUCGAGGCUUCCCUGGCACAUAUGAGCGGUGACAGAUUCUCAAAGUCGAAAAACUUUUCGAAAAACGACAACGUGAUAAACGGUCUGUCAGAGUACAAGUUGACGCUGAAGGAAGACAUCAAGACGAGCGAAUGCUCGAUGCUGCAAUUUGCGGCUGCCAACGAUGGCAGCACCCGCCUUGUAUUCACUGCUGAUUUCCGUCCCGGUUGUGUUGUAGCUGUCAAGAUAUCGCCGAGGGCUGUUGUGAAAGAAGCCGUGCAGAAGUUUACGGAUCUGCCCGACCUGACAGCGGUUUGCGACAAGAUGAACCUGGCUGACCUGAAUCGGGCACUCUACUGCUGCAGCAGAGAGGAUGCCGCAUAUGAAGUGCCCAACUGGGGGCCGUUUGUCUACUGUGGCUUACAAGGCAUAGUGUCGCUGCUAGACGGCAUAGCCAAGAACAACGACCUCGGCCACCCGCUUUGCGCCAACCUGCGUGACGGCCACUGGCUCUGCGACUACCUGGCCACGCGUCUGCAACAAGUGCCCGCCACCAGGGAGCUGGGCGACAUGCUGCACAGCAUGUUCCAGCCACUCAGAGAUCUGCCACAUUUCCUCGUGCCCUCCUAUUUCGAGAAGGUCGUCACGCACACCUAUAACAGUCUCAUGGCUAGGGCGAUUGGCUGUAUGUCGCCGUUUGUUCAAAACGGUUCAUCCUUUGUGAAAAUGCUUGCAAUGGGCUCAGUGCAAUGUGGGGGUGUAGUUGACUCCGCCCCCCUCCCGCAAUUAUCGGCAUCCAUCUCACCCCCGCUUCCUCCCCAGAAAGUCUCGGCAGAUGGAACGGCCAAGCAAGCUUGUGUCACUCUAGCUGCUGGGCUUCCUCAUUUCUCAGUUGAAUACAUGAGAAAUUGGGGCAGGGAUACAUUCAUCUCUCUUAGAGGUCUUCUGCUACUUACUGGAAGAUAUCAAGAAGCAAGGUACAUAAUCCUGGCGUACGCCGGCUGCCUGCGUCACGGCCUGAUUCCAAACCUGCUGGACGGCGGCACCAACCCGCGCUACAACUGCCGCGACGCCGUCUGGUGGUGGCUCUAUUCCAUACAGUGCUACGUGCAAGAUGCACCCAACGGCAUCAACAUACUACACGACAAAGUCAAUCGCCUCUUCCCCACCGAUGAUGCGCCACAUACCUAUGUCGAUCAAGAUCUGAUAGAAGUGAUGCAAGAAGCGUUGACCGUGCACUUCCAAGGCCUGUGCUUCAGAGAGAGGAACGCUGGAACUAAAAUCGACGCUCACAUGACGAGUCGCGGCUUCGACAAUCAGAUUGGCAUUCAUCCGAAAACAGGUUUUGUGUUCGGUGGCAACGAGUGGAACUGCGGCACCUGGAUGGACAAGAUGGGUUCGAGCGAGGUGGCGGGCACCCGGGGACGUCCGGCCACGCCCCGUGAUGGGUCAGCCGUUGAAUUGGUCGGCCUCUGCAAGGCCACUGUCAGAUGGCUCGCCGAUCUCCACCAGCGAUCACUCUACCCUCAUGCAGGCGUCACUCGCACUAAUAAGGAUGGCACAACAACAACAUGGACCUUCGCGGAGUGGGACGCGCGCAUAACGGCCAACUUCGAGCAGAACUUCUGGGUGCCGCUGAAGGCCACACAAGACGACUCCAAACUGGUCAACCGGCGCGGCAUCUACAAGGACUCCUUCGGCGCCACCCAGGGCUGGCCCGACUACCAACUCAGGUGUAACUUCCCGAUCGCGAUGGCAGUGGCUCCCGAGCUGUUCAAUGCGCAGAACGCGUGGCAGGCACUUCAGGUGGCUGAGGAGGUGUUGCUUGGGCCCCUCGGCAUGAAGACCCUCGACCCCCACGACUGGGCCUACUGCGGCGACUAUGACAACGACAACAACACAAACGAUGCCAAGGUGGCGCAUGGCUUCAACUACCAUCAGGGACCUGAAUGGGUGUGGCCGGUCGGGUUCCUGUUGCGGGCGCGUCUAAUGAUGGCUGCUCGCGUGGGUGGCUCCGAGCUGCUGAAUAAGACGCAUGCGCAGACCAGCGCCAUUCUCUCCCGCCAUUUCAAGCAGCUGCAGGAGUCAGAUUGGCGUGGCCUUCCUGAACUCACCAAUACCAACGGCCAGUUCUGCAAAGGCAGUUGUCCCACGCAGGCCUGGAGUAUGGCCUGUAUUUUGGAGGUUUUACACGAAAUGUCAACAUCACCAACGACCGCCCCCCAUAAUUGACACCCUUGGCUCAUGAAGAGGGAAAAACACGCCCUAAUUCUGAACAUUUUACCGAAGAUCAGAGACGAUAGUCAUCGAUUUCUGAGACCUAGUUCGGUUGGAAGGAAGAAAAUGUCGGACAUAAGUCUGAUCAAUUGGCUUGACUGUGAGGAGAAUGGUCGUUCCAUGGUUUCCUACUCGUUUCAACGAUCCAUUUCAAAAGAUAGCAACACUGUCAAGGAAAUUAUGAGACUUUUCAUUUUCUUCACAAUUCUACUGUUUUUUAUAUCACUGAUUGCUUACUAUGUGUUGCUGUUUUUUGAUCUCUAGAGUAUAUCUCUAGAUAGACUAGAUUAUAUUCUACUGUAAGUAAAUCCAGAGAUAUACUUUAGAUAUAAUCUAGAAUGCAUUGCUCAUGUUUUAUAUACUCGCCAUUAUCAUCAAUAUAUUAUAGCAAGCCCUUUAUUAUCGACCCUCUUCAUGAGCUUUGUUAUUUAAAUUUAGGUGAAUUUAUUUUAUAAAUAUUGUUCAAUUAGUUGUUAUAAUAAUUAUUAUUGUUGAUUAUAAAUCACUCACAAUCUGCCUUUUGAUAGAACACCUCCGAUUAUAUCUAUAAUCAUAAUUCUGUAUGUUAUCUAUAUUCAUCAUGUGUUAAAUAGAUAUUAUUCGUUUUAAUAGGACGAAAUAUUGAAUAUUCGUAUUUUUUGUUUUUAACUCUCUCAUUCUAUUGUUAUCAAACAUUUGAGCUAUUACUGUAUAAUCAUAUUGCUAAUCUAUAUUAAUCAAAUUUCAAGCUUUUUUAUGAAUUAUUGUUGGAUUGAGCAAUUUUCAAAGUACAACUACAUUGGAUGAUAUAAUGUUUGGAGUGACUAAAUGUUGUGAAUUCUUGUUUGAUUCACUAAUUAAUAAAUCUAUAUAUGUUUCUCACAAUGCACAUUGUAAACUCCUUCACAUAUUUCAGCAAAGAAAGUUUUAAUGUAAUGUGUACAGCAACUAUAAUUAAUAAAAAAAUAUAUUGAUAGCAAUAGGUUUUCCCACUCAUAAGAGGCUACACAGAAAGGAUCUCAUAGAACUAUAUUUCUUUUAGUCUUACAUUUCUAAGAUUGAGAUUCUUAUUAGAGUGUGUUGAUAUUAUAGCCACACACCUUGAUGAAGCCUUCAUAAUGAUAGAAAAAUAUACAUAUUGAUUCUAUGGUUGUUUCUAGGAUCUUGAAUCUUUAACGAAAUACGUGUAAAGUGCCAUAUCAUUUUAUUUUAACUUAAUAUAAUUCAGUACUGUAUCUUAUAGAAUAUUCGAACACUUACAUAUUAUUAUUAUUACAGCACUUUAUGCACAAAUAGAAAGUCUGUUAAUUCUUCUUCUGGAGAUUUAUUUUUAGCGUGAUUCAAUGCUCAAUGUUCAAAUACUGUGUAUCGGAAGAUGAAAUAUUUUUCUAUCAACUUGUAAUAAAUCACAAAAUAUUUUUAUAGAUUCUGACAGAAAAGUGUAGGCUUUCUUGUAAUUCGUUUGUUGUAUUUUAUUACUGAACUGUUUAUAAUAUAAUAUUAUGAUUUUUAAAAUGUAGCUCACAAAAGUUCUAUUGUUGUUUGUUAAACGAUAUAUAUAAUAUUAUUUAAUGAUAAUCUUUUUAUUUGAAUGAUAUAGACUUAUUUUUCUAAAAAAAUCUAAUGUUCUUUAGAACGAUAUAGUUUAGAUUCUAGUCUAUUUAUUACAAGAUGAAUCGAAAAGGUUGAGAAGUUUUGUACCUGCUUGAUUUUUGCUUCAAAUAAAAUAAUUAUUUUCUGUUUGAU